CAGGCAGGGGGCGGCCGGCCGGAACGGGACCCCUCCACACCCGGUGGCCGCGAGCGCCUCUCGGAAGAUGGCCCUCCAGGGCGCAGGCGAAGGAGCUGCAGGACUGAGAGAAGGGGGCCAUGUGGAGACGCCAGGGGACCUCGGUAGCAGAAGACGGUCCUCAGAAAGCUGCGACGCCAAGAGAUUCAAAAAUACAGAGAAAAGGCUCAGGGCAAGGUUGUCCUUAGCUCAUAAGCCCUUUGCAAAUUUUUUUGAGUCAAAACUUUUAGAAAAAGAGAACACUGAUGAAUGUUCUCCAGGUUCUGUCAAGGGCCAGAAGGAGAGGAGCAGGCUGCGCCAGAGUUCCUGGCGCGCAUUUCUGAAAAGAAAAGAUGCAGAAGGCCCAAAAAGGCCUUCCUCAGUGAGUCUGGUUCCAGGACGGGAAAUGCCGAAUCCCCCCCGACCUUCCCCACCAGGGACCAACAGCCACUGCGAGGAGCAGGCAGGGGACAAGGAGAGCUAUGUUUUUAGAGAUCACUGGGCACCCCCUCAGUCCCCCACACCUUUGUCAUCCAGCAGUUUGGUGUCUCCAGAUAACAGGAGAAAAAGUGAACCAACCAUCAAAUGUACAAGCCCCCAGGAAAGUGGUAGGUACCUACCUUCAGGUAUCUUUCCUGCCAAGUCCUGGCUGAUCUCACCCAUCAACCCUCGUGCCCAGCAGGCUGGGAUCAGCUGCACCCUCCCCUCCAGCUCUGCCUGUUGCUUGGCAUAUGAAAGCCAAGGCAUGCCCUGCAAACCCAUGAGCCCCAAGCCCUGGAGCCCCAGGCCUGCUGCUUGGUGGGCGGAGUUCCACUACCCUGGCAGGGGCAGUGCCAUCUCCAUGGUUUCUCUUGGAAGCUACCACAAUGUGGAUAGCAGCUCGGCGACUCCUGAAAGACCCAAGACGCCCAAGGCCAGGACAAGCCUCCUGCAUUCUCUGCAGACUCUAGACCAGGAUAACCAGAAGGAAGCAAGGGGGGAAAGCGGCCAGCAUCACUGUGGCCUGAGCACAGCCCCCUGGCUCAGGGACCUUCCUGGCAGUGAGAACCACAUGCCUUGGGAAGAACAACCAGGAAAGAAGCCCAGUUGCUCCCUUGGUCAGAAAGCUUUUCACAUUGAGCCAGCCCAGAGGCCAUUCUCUACCACUGAGAUGGUAACAUGGACCCUCCCCUCCGUCUCUGCAGAGAACGUCCCCAGGGAGACUCCUCCACAACGCAGGAGCAUGCCUCAGCACUCACACAGUUUAGAUGACCUGUGGCUGGAGAAGACGCAGAGGAGGAAGCUGAAGAAGCAGGCCCAGGUUGAAAGGAAGAUGCAUGGAGGGACAGCACAUAAAGAUGGAGUCCAAUGUUGGAGGAAGAUGACUGUUACCUCUUCAGAGUCUUUGAAUUUCCCUAGAAGAAGCCAUCCCUUCUCCCACAGUGCUCCGACUGGACUGAACCACCUGUGCUGGCCAGAGUACCUACCUGACACUGCCAUCCCUGAUAGAGUGCUGGACACGGCCAUCCGUGCUGAUGAGACGGGGAGCGAGGAGGACCUGUAUGAAGAUGUGCACAGCUCCAGCCACCACUACAGCCACCCUGGCGGGGGCGGCGAGCAACUCGCCAUCAACGAGCUCAUCAGCGAUGGCAGUGUGGUCUGUGCUGAAGCACUCUGGGAUCAUGUCACCAUGGAUGACCAGGAACUGGGCUUCAAAGCUGGGGAUGUCAUUGAAGUAAUGGAUGCCACCAACAGAGAGUGGUGGUGGGGCCGCGUCGCCGACGGCGAGGGCUGGUUCCCAGCCAGCUUCGUGCGGCUGCGUGUGAACCAGGACGACCCCGCGGACGACGAGGCGCCGCGGGCCGGGGCAGGCGGGGCAGAGGACGGCGGGCCCGAGGCGCAGAGCAGCAAGGACCAGAUGCGAACCAACGUCAUCAAUGAGAUCCUCAGCACCGAGCGCGACUACAUCAAGCAUCUGCGCGACAUCUGCGAGGGCUACAUCAGGCAGUGCCGCAAGCGCGCCGACAUGUUCAGCGAGGAGCAGCUGCGCACCAUUUUCGGGAACAUCGAGGACAUCUACCGCUGCCAGCGGGCCUUCGUGCAGGCGCUGGAGCAGAGGGUCAACCGCGAGCGCCCGCACCUCAGCGAGCUGGGCGCCUGCUUCCUGGAGCACCAAGCAGACUUCCAGAUCUACUCGGAGUACUGCAACAACCACCCCCGAGCCUGCCUGGAGCUCUCCCGGCUCGCCAAGCUCAGCAAGUACGUGUACUUCUUCGAGGCCUGCCGGCUGUUGCAGAAGAUGAUCGACAUCUCCCUGGAUGGCUUCUUGCUGACCCCCGUGCAGAAGAUCUGCAAGUACCCUCUGCAGCUGGCUGAGCUGCUCAAGUACACGCACCCCCAGCACAGGGAUUUCAAGGACGUGGAGGCUGCCUUACAUGCCAUGAAGAACGUGGCCCAGCUCAUCAAUGAACGGAAACGGAGACUGGAAAACAUUGACAAGAUUGCUCAGUGGCAAAGCUCCAUAGAGGACUGGGAGGGGGAAGACCUCCUGGCCAGGAGCUCAGAGCUCAUCUACUCGGGGGAGCUGACUCGAGUUACACAGCCACAAGCCAAGAGCCAGCAGAGGAUGUUUUUUCUCUUUGACCACCAGCUCAUCUACUGUAAGAAGGACCUCCUCCGCCGGGAUGUGUUAUACUAUAAGGGCCGAGUGGACAUGGAUGACCUGGAGGUGGCAGAUCUGGAGGACGGGAAGGACAGAGACCUCCACGUGAGUGUCAAGAAUGCCUUCCGGUUGCACUGUGGCACCACGGGAGAGAGCCACCUGCUGUGUGCCCGGAAGCCUGAGCAGAAGCAGCGCUGGCUCAAGGCCUUCACCAGGGAGAGGGAGCAGGUGCGGCUGGACCAGGAGACAGGCUUCUCCAUCACUGAGCUACAGAGGAAGCAGGCUAUGCUGAAUGCCAGCAAGCAGCAGGCCACAGGGAAGCCCAAAGCCCUCUGCCGGCCCUACUACCUGACACGCCAGAAGCACCCGGCACUGCCCACCAGCCUGCCCCAGCAACAGGUCUCAGUGCUGGCAGAGCCCAAGCGGAAGCCAUCCACCUUCUGGCACAGCAUCAGCCGGCUGGCACCCUUCCGCAAGUGAGCCAGCGCCCCACCCGCCAGCACCAUCUGGACCUUCCCUGCCUGCGGGCCUCCAGCUGUUCCUGCCCGAGGCCCACCACAUCGG